AUGGAUGAUGCUAUGAGAAGAAGGGUUACUAAAGGCAUUUCAAGGUUUGAAACUGCGAAACUUCAGAAGGCUCAUCAAGAUGGUGAAGCGAUACGUAAGGUAUUGCCGGCAAUUGAGCAAGGAAAACAGUGGAGAGUGUCAGAAGAUAAGGAUGGUUUAUUGAGAUUCAAGAACCGGAUUAUUGUGCCAGAUGUCAGAGACUACGACAAAAAAGUUAAAAUUGAGCAUCAGAGACCAUCGAGAACCCUUCAGCCUUUAGAGAUUCCACAAUGGAAACGGGAGAAUAUCGCAAUGGAUUUUGUGACAGGUUUGCCUAGGACUCGGACUAGUUAUGACGCUAUUUGGGUGGUUGUGGAUCGACUAACAAAAUCAACUCACUUUCUUCCCAUCCGAAUAAGUUGCACAAUGGAAGAAUUGGCUCGAAUGUACAUCAAAGAGAUUGUCAGAUUGCACGGCGUGCCUUCUACCAUUAUAUCUGACAGAGAUCCUCAUUUCAUAUCAAGAUGGUCAAUCAGAGAGAAAUAUCCAGAAAUUGGAGGAUAUGCUAAGGGCUUGUGUUUUGGACCAGUUGGCAAGAUAAAGAAGAUUUGUAACCAAAUGCUUAUAGCCCAAAGCCGUCAAAAGAGCUAUACUGACCAAAGGCAAAAGCCUUUGGAGUUUGAAGAAGGAGAGCAUGUAUUUCUGAAGGUUACACCAACCACUGGAGUGGGAAGAGCCAUUAAGACUAAGAAAUUAAAUCCCCGUUAUAUUGGACCAUUCGAGAUCCUGAAAAGAACUGGGCCGGUGGCUUAUAGGAUUGCUUUACCGCUAUAUCUUUCAAACCUGCACGACGUGUUUCAUGUAUCACAACUUUGA